CACUGGGGUAGCUGGCCAAAGAACUCUCACCCAGACGAGACAGAUUCUAGUUCUUUACAAAAGCUUCAACUUCGGCUCUUGAAUAUUUUCAUACCUGGCAAAAAGCAGCAGCAAAGAUUUAGCAGAGAACCUCAAAGAGAGAAACAGGGGAAACCCUAAAACCACAAAGAAGAAGAAGAUAUGCCUUCAAGCUUUGGUACCAAUUCAUCUCCCAACACCAUCACAUCUCAUCAUCAACAAUCUCACCAAACCAAGAAACUAGACGAGAAAUUUUUCUCCAGACUGGUGACUAAAGAAAACUCAAGAGCCAACUCUUCUUCAAGAGUCUACUAUAGCGGCUCAGUGUCGGUGCCCUUUAUGUGGGAGUCACAACCAGGUACACCUAAACAUUCUCUCUUCUCCGACACCGUUUUGCUCCCUCCUCUCACCCCUCCUCCUUCCUAUUACAACUCCAAAUCCAUCCAAAAACAGUCUAUCAAUAAACAAACCCUUUUAGCCUCUCUCUUCUCCAAGCUUAUCGCCACCUUAAAGAUCAAGAACCCUAACAAUACUACUCUCUCGUCCACCUCUUUUUCUUAUUCUACGUCGUCGUUUUCUUCCUCAUCCUCAUCUUCCUCCUCUUCCUACUACUCGUACCAGUCGUCCGGGUCGAAGAAUAACAGCGGGAAAGUAGCCAACCGGGAGUCCUGCCGGCGGCCACGUCGGGUUCCUUCGUGUCCAGGACUGAGAUUUAACCACGGUGAUGGUCAGGAUCGCCGGAAAGAACACGAUACUACUUUGUGCUUUCAUGGUAGACGUAGAUCAGGUAGCAUGAAGAAUAAUGCUGUGUUCUCCAUUGUCGGCCAUGAAUGAUGUAAGAUCAAGGUUAAGUUUUAAUUAAACAAGGUAUUGAAUGGUUGAUUAGUAGGAAAUAUUAAUUAGUUUGUUAAUCAUUUUUAUUUUUUCUUAGAAUUUUGAAGCCGUGUAGAAUCUUCACUCUAGAUUCGUGGUGUGUUAAUUAGUUAAUUAUAUCUUGUUUGGUGU